AUGUUGAAACUAUGUAUAGAUGGAAACCUUCAUGGUUCAAAACCAUCUGUUGCUUGUUGGAUACCACCUAAUUCUGAUGUGCUUAAGCUGAAUAUUGACGCUUCGUUUGAUCAUACUUCUACUUGUGUUGGUGUUGGCUUAAUAAUUCGUAACUCUACAGGUACUUGUGAAGGGAUCAGGGGACGAUUCUUCAAUGGAGGAGUAGAUCCUGAACAUGCAGAAUGCCUGGCCUUUCAAGAAGCUAUCUAUUGGGCAAAAGAAAGAGGUCUGCAGAAAGUAAUCUUUGAGGGUGACUGUUUAAAUGUUAUUAACUCGGUGAAAUAUGCCAAACCUUCAGUACAUUGGAUGAAUGAAGGGAUUGUACAUGAAAUAAGGCACUUACUAUCAUCCUUUUCUUGGUAUAAUGUUAAUUAUGUAAGAAGACAGGCAAACAAUGUGGCACAUGUUAUUGCAAACUAUGCAAGAACUGGCAGAUACUUUUUUGAUUAUGAUUGUAACAUCCCUGAAUUCUUUAUGGAAGAAGUCACGAAUGAUAAUUGCUGCUAG